CCAUCCCCAGCCGGAAGUUGUGGGACUGAAUGGAUCACGGAGCCGGCGGCUGUAGCUCUCCAGUCUUCCUCUGAUGCUUGGCGGCCGUUGAGCCACCAGGUUCAUGUGGAGGCUCCCAGGCUCCCGCGCCGCGCUUCGUGGGGUCCGCACGGCGGUGGGGCGGCACACUCGGGCCGAGGCGGCGACUGAGACGGCGGCGGGAGCGAUGGAGCGCGCUGUGGUGCGCUGUGUGCCUUCGGAACCGAAGCUAAGCCUGUCGUUCGCUCUGGCAGACGGCAGCCACAAGAACAUGCAGCGCGACCAAAGCGAGCCGCUGGGUCGGGCCCUCAGCCGGAUUGCUACCAACGCCCUCAAAGGCCACGCUAAGGCGGCUGCCGCCAAGAAGAGCAGGAAGAACCGGCCAAAUGCAAGUGGCGGGGCCUGUGCGGGGCCUGUGCCAGAGCCGGCUGCGGCCUGCGAGCCCGUCGUGAAGCUGUACUACCGGGAGGAGGCAGUGGCUGAAGACGUGCUCAACGUGGACGCCUGGCAGGACGGCGCGGUGCUGCAGAUCGGCGAUGUCAAGUACAAGGUGGAGCGCAACCCGCCCGCCUUCACCGAGCUGCAGUUGCCACGCUACAUCAUGGCCGGCUUCCCGGUGUGCCCCAAGCUCAGCCUCGAAUUUGGGGAUCCCGCCAACUCGCUCUUCCGAUGGUACAAGGAAGCCAAACCCCGAGCGGCGGAGCCUGAGGGCGGGAGCCCCUCGUCAUUGUCUCCCUCUUCACCCUUUCCUGGUUGGACAGAGACGGGUGUGAACGAACGCGUCUACACGCCGUCCAAUGCAGACAUCGGGCUACGACUCAAGCUUCAUUGCACCCCAGGCAAUGGGCAGCGCCUCGGGCCAAGCCGGGAGUUGGAAAGUGUGUGUCCGGUGGAGGCUGGGCCCGGUACUUGCACCUUUGACCAGCGGCAUCUCUACACCAAGAAGGUGACGGACGAUUCUCUCAUUCGCACUGUGUCUUACAACCUCCUGGCCGACACGUACGCCCAGACUGAGUUUUCGAGGAGUGUCCUGUACCCGUACUGUGCCCCUUAUGCCCUCGAGCUCGACUACCGCCAGAACCUCAUCCAGAAGGAGCUCACGGGCUACAACGCUGACCUCAUCUGUUUGCAAGAGGUAGAUCGCAACGUGUUUACCGACAGCUUGGUGCCGGCCCUCGAGGCCUUUGGGCUGGAGGGCGUGUUUAGAAUCAAGCAGCACGAAGGCCUGGCUACUUUCUACCGAAAGACCAAAUUCACUCUCCUUAGCCAGCAUGACAUUUCUUUCCACGAAGCCCUGGAGUCCGACCAACUUCACAAAGAACUGCUGGAGAAACUAGUUUUGUAUCCGUCUGCGCAGGAGAGGGUGCUCCAGAGAUCUUCUGUCCUCCAGGUUUCUGUUCUUCAGUCUACAAAGGACUCUUCUAAAAGGAUAUGUGUUGCUAAUACCCAUCUGUACUGGCAUCCAAAAGGUGGGUACAUUCGUCUCAUUCAAAUGGCGGUAGCCUUGGCUCACAUUAGACAUGUCUCGUGUGAUCUGUAUCCUGGCAUACCAGUUAUAUUUUGUGGAGACUUUAAUAGUACCCCAUCAACAGGAAUGUAUCAUUUUGCUGUCAAUGGCAGCAUUCCAGAGGACCAUGAAGACUGGGCUUCCAAUGGGGAAGAGGAACGUUGCAACAUGUCCCUCACCCAUGUCUUCAAACUGAAAAGUGCUUGUGGUGAACCUGCUUACACAAACUAUGUUGGUGGCUUUCAUGGAUGUCUGGAUUACAUUUUCAUUGACUCAAAUGCUCUAGAGGUUGAACAGGUGAUUCCAUUACCUAGUCAUGAAGAAGUUACCACUCACCAGGCCUUACCUAGUGUUUCCCAUCCCUCUGAUCACAUAGCACUUGUGUGUGAUUUAAAAUGGAAAUAGAUUCGUGUUUAAUGGAAUUUAAGUCUCUUUAGUAGGAAAUUUAAUAUGAAUCAGAGCUUAUAUGUAACCUUCAAAGAGGAAAACUACACAGACACCGAGGCAAAAUGUUUUUAUUCUGUGUUCCAGUGUCUUCAUUACAUGACUGUUCAUAAUUGCAGUUUCUCUACUUUUUUUUUUCCUAAGGUUGAAGGAAAAACAAAUAUAUUUAUGACUACCAGGAAGAACAUUGAAUUAUGUACAUUUUAUAAGUACUUUUUUUUUAGCUAGGAAUUAAGAAUUUUGUAAAAAAAAAAAACCAAAAAACCAUUUGAAUGAUCCUAUAAUUUUUCUAUCAUAACACAUUUCAAAUUGAAUCAUGUUUGUAUAAUUAGGGGAAAAAUGCAUAUGGGUUAAGGUGAGAGGCCUAAGUCUGACAUGAACGAACAUUAGGGUCUACCUCUACCUCAAUUUGGUUAGCAAUUUAAUACAACUUCAGAGCUUUAACGAAAGAUUAAAAUGUGCCAUCCACCAAAUGUUAUUGCUCCUCAUCUUUCAUUUUUCAAUCAACAUAAGAUAUUUUAAUUCUCUUAUUUGUAGGAUUUUACUUUCUAGUGUAUGGUACAAAUGAAGACAUUUAUAUUAUUCUAGCCAGCUCAUUUGAACUUUUAGGAUGCAAGCACAAUUUAGUAUUCAAAGUGAAUAGCAACAUAGUCAACUUGAUCCCAUUUUAAUUAUUCUUGCCCAUGAAAAACGUUCAUAAAUCAUCAAGGGUAUUUGGCCAUAUGAUAUUAGAGAAUACAGCAUAAUACAUUACUUUAUGAGAAACUGUCUGCUGAUAUGGGGUUGACAUUUUGGGAGAACCAUUGAGCAUUUCUAUGCUGGAAGUAUUUUUGAAAUUGUUGGUCUUUAUAAAUAGGAGAAGGAGGAGUAGCGGAUCUUUUGGGCAUUUCUGAAAUAAACUAUUCUUUUUAUAGACUUGAGCAUUACAAUUUGAGUUAUAGGAAAACACUGUAUAUAUAAUUUAUAUGCUGUAAAAAAAAGUUUAAAUAUGAAGCCAGACUUUUUAAAAUUAGGAAUUAUAGUUUUACUGAUUAGUUUCUAACCUAGAGUGGUAACUGGGCUCUUCUAACUCAGUUAUCACCAUACCUUAUUUGUAAUGCUUUAGCUCUUGCUUUUUGAUGUUCAGGGUAACUGUAAUGUUAUCUCCUACUUCUGCAAUUAGUUUCUAGCUUAGAUAUGAAAAGCUCACCCACUUCAAGAAGAGUUCUGAUUUUCCACAGUCAUGAGAGUUUUUGUCUCAAAUUCUUUAAUCUCCAAACCCAAAACCAUAAGAACUUUCCUCUUUUGAUAAAAUAGGCUGUACUUCCAUAUUCUGCUCACUGUCCAAUGUAUUGUUAACUCUUAGUAAGUUUGAGAACAAGAAUUUUACUUCGUUCAGAUUGAACCUUGAAGUACUUAAAAUACUGGAAAAGAAAAAUUAAAGUGGCAGUUUCUUGGGAUCUUGUUUAGAAAAAGCUAUAAAUAAAAAUUGAUGCUACCGAAUUGUGCCUUCCUAAAUAACAUUUUUGAGAGCAUUUUAACAUCAGUUUACAACUACAUGAAUAUGUUAAAGCCAGAAUCUGAUUCUUUUGCAAAAUACAUCUUUUUUUUUCCUUUUUAAAAUGUGUUUUUGGUCUGCUUUCAGACAUGUUGACAGGACCCUUAAAAUCACUUGAAAAAAAGUUUCUAAGCAAAAAGUUGAGAAACAUUUUGAAAGAAGAAAUUAAGUUACAUACUUAUUCAUGCUCAUGAGAAAAACAUUCGGAUUCUGUAUUAACAAACACCCUGGCUAACUAGAUUGAACUCUAGUCAAAGGAACUAAUCACUUAUCGAAGAUUCCACGUCCUGAGUCUUUAAAUUUUAUAUUUACUGACUUAACAGUGUGAUCUGAUUAUAGACAGGCAUUUCAGAAUAGGAGAAGGUAGAUUAUUGUGAAGUGCCAUAUACUCUGGUCAAAUCUCCAAUAUAUAGAUAAUGUUAGUAUGAUUGGAGUCCAAAGUAGGGAACGCUAAGAAAAUUGUAUAAAUAGGAUACCAAAAUUACCUUGUAUUCAUGAGUUAUAAUAAAGUGUUAUUCAGAAAUGUUUAUGUGCUUAAAGCCAUGUUUGUGAUUGAAUUUUUCUAUUACAUUUGGAUUUUUUAGUACAUUUAAUAAAGUAUGGAAAGUCUAGCA